AUGCAGAAGGCAAACAGCCACUACUAUGACUCUGAUGUGUUUGAAUGUGCCCGCAACAUGACAGAAAACUUGAAGGUGGACAGUAUGAAGAAUACGCAGAAACUAGAAGAGUGUGAACAAGAGAACUGGGAGCUGAAGACUACUCUUGAGGAGCUCCAAAGAGCCCACAAAGAACAACUCCACAUCAGCCUUAAACAGACAUGGAGACUGAAGGAGUUACAGCAGGUGGUCCAGCAGACAGAAGCCCUCAAGAAGAAUUUUGAGGAGCCCCAGAAACAGCUGAGGGAAACUAGGGAAGAAAAGGAAACAAUGACAGAGAAACUAGAACAGUGUAAACAAGAGAAUAGGGCGCUGAAGACGACUCUGCAAGAGGCCAUUGGGAAGAGGAAGACCAAAGAGAAGAUUCUCAGCAAACAACAGGAGCUCCAGAAGGCACACAAGGAGAAGCAGGCUCUGCAGACAAAGGUUACUGCCUUGGAGUCUGCCCUCGUUGAGCAGACACGGUCAUCUGAAAAGGCCCUGAAUGUACAAGUUUGCCAUCUUGAGUCUACCCUUGGAGCAGAGAGACACUCUGCUAAAGAGGCUCUCAACAAACAGCGUCUCGCCCUGGAGUCUACAUUUACAGCAGAGAUGCGGGCAGCUGAGGAGACCUGGAACAAACAGGUCCUCACUCUAGAGUCUGCUCUCGCUGAGCAGGAGCGGACAGCUGAAGAGGCCCUCAACAAGGCACAGGAGAGGGAGGAGAGCCUGAACACUGAGCGCCACAAAGUUCAAAAAUUACAAAAUGACUUGGACUCACAGAAAAUGAGUUUUAUAGCUGUGGUAGAAGAAUGUCACUCCAUCCACAAGGCCACGGUGGAGGAGAACAUCCUCCACCAGGAAACACGGCUUUGA